GUUCACCAGCUGAGGAAUUUGAUCGGGGCAUUAAUCUAGAUGCUAAUCUUUAUCCAACUUUGUCCAAUAAUUGGCAAUGGGAUAGUCCUCAUGGCAAACGUCUCACAUCUGAAGAGGAACAUCCUCAAUACCCUAGCCUUGCUGAGCCUUUUGUCCGUGAUCUUGAAUCAGUUGACCCCGGGCCUGAAGGCAAAUAUGGUACCCUUGACAAGGAAAAUUCCCAGUACCAUCGUCUUGUUGAGCCGUUUGUUACUGAUCUUGCAUCAGUCGACCUUGAGCCUGAUCCUGUUGUUGACCUCAAGACCAAACACGGACAUGGUACCCUUGAUCUCUCAUCAGUCGACCUUGAGCCCAAUCCUCUUGCCAAGUAUCCUUGUCUUGUUGAGUCGGUUGCUACUGAUCUUGCAUCAGUUGACCUUGAGCCCAAUCCUCUUGCCUACCAAGCUUGUCUGGCAUCUUUGGCAACACUUCCUUGCAAGACAUCUCUUUGCACUGCAAAGUUAGAAGCUGCUGGUUCCAACAAUUAG